UGGGAAUAGUUUUUUUUUGCACCUAUAUCUGUAACCGAGUCACUUCCGCCUCCACUGUGACGUAUUUCCGCUCCUCUUUCCGCUGUGUUUAGCAUUGAGUAGCUAAGAUAAAGAGAUUAGCUGUUAUGCUAACAGUAUGAGCGCGUUACGGAAGCUGCUCGUGUACACGGGGGCCGUGACAGCGCUGAUCACCGGGUACGUGUUCUGGAGGAGCCUCGAACCCGGAGAGCAGCGGAACAGGGAGAUACUGAAGAACUUGCCAGAGUCAAAUCCAGCACGGAUGGAGGAGAGCAGGAGGAGGAACGUUCAGAUCAUGGAAGUGCUCAAAGAAGCAGCAGAGACAAACAACAACAUUGCACGAACCUUCGGCAACCAGAAAUAACCACCCUAUAAACCCCACCCUCUAUGUGGCUCCGCCCACUAACCCCGCCCUAUUUAAGAAUAAAAUGUCUUGUACAGAAAGUCUCAGUCACAGCACACGAAUAAAUCAUCUUUACUUAAUAAAGAUGUUUUUAUUCCAGUGUAAAUAAUCAUGCAUGUUACAUGUCGAUAGUGUUGCUGCCAGGGGCAGUUGUAGCCCUUUAUUAGGGUGGCUCCAGCACCCCCUGUCUGUGAUCUCAGCCACCCUAAAACUAUAAUUUUUACUUUCAAAAAUAAAAAUUACUUUAAAAUGCAGGACAGCUGUCUGCUUUAUUUAAAUGGAGAAGCUCCGAGUCAGUCAGAGCUGGAGGAGUUUAUCUGUAACGUUAAUCAGCCGAAAGCCACAAACGGUUAUAGAAGGGUUUUUUUUAAAUAAAAAUUAACUGCAAAUAAUUUUCACAAAUCAGGGAAUUUGGCACUCAUGAGGUUGUACAAUGUUCUGCUGUUUGUAUUCAAAUUGUGUUUUGUGUCUGUUUCUCCCACAAAAGCGUUUUUCAACUAUAAGCCCACUACAGUAGUGUUCAUUAUUUAAUUAGAGAUAUUUCUUUAAAAAUGUAUUGUGAAGAUGUAUUUUAUAUCCCUCAAGUUAAGGUUUGUUGGAGGUACUGUAAUAAAAAGUUGUGUAUGUUUCUGCUACAGUAGUAAACUUAAUGUACACAGAUGUGUGUGAGCUGUAGUGUAUAUACAGUACUGUGGUGACAUUUAUAAUAAAUCAGUUAUAACAGUGAAA